CCUGCGCGGAGGCCGCGGGGAGGCUGUGCGGGCACCGUCUGUGCCCCGGGGUCGGGCCCGGACGGCCCCGGCUCGGUUGUCUGGUGUUCUCUUAGGGGCGCAGAUGACGGAUCCUUUGCCCAAGUCAGUGAACUUUUCACAGUAGGAGCCUGGCACACGGGUGGCCAGACUCCCUGGUCCACUGCAUGUAUUACGCCUGCUCCGGGGUGGGGGAAGCAUCCCCUCUCAAAUCAUGUCCCCCCUCGAAGCCUUAGAACAAGCUCGCGACGCUCCUUUGCUGCCCUUGCGCCUGCCCCGUGCGCCGAAUACACGGCUGUGCUGCCGCCUCUGCGGCCCCUGGCACCUUGGAAGCGCUUGGUUGAAUCACAAAAGCAGUUUGUAUCUACAGUUGCAUCUGUCGACCGCCGUCCUUUUCCUCGUUGUUUAAAUGAGUCAGUACAGGACUGUGCCAGGCACACGGCUACCGCUGGUUAAAUGAACUGGUGGUGGGAGACACCAGUGGGAAGCUGUUCGUGUAUAAGAAUGAUGACAGCCGGCCGUGGCUCACCUGUUCCUGCCAGGGCAUGCUGACUUGCGUUGGGGUUGGAGAUGUAUGUAAUAAAGGCAAGAACCUGGUGGUGGCAGUGAGUGCUGAAGGCUGGUUCCACCUGUGUGACCUGACGCCUGCCAAGGCCAUGGAUGCUUCUGGACACCAUGAGACCAUAACGGGAGAGGAACAACAUCCAGUCUUCAAGCAGCACAUUCCUGCCAACACCAAGGUCAUGCUGAUCAGCGACAUCGAUGGAGAUGGGUGUUGCGAGCUGGUGGUAGGUUACACAGACCGUGUGGUCCGAGCUUUCCGCUGGGAAGAUCUGGGCGAGGGCACUGAACAUCCAACAGGGCAACUGGUGUCACUCAAGAAAUGGACACUGGAGGGUCAGGUGGACAGUCUUUCGGUGACUCCAGGACCCCUGGGUGUUCCGGAACUGAUGGUAUCUCAGCCAGGCUGUGCUUAUGCCAUCCUGCUGUGUACCUGGAACAAGGACAUGGAGCUACCCCCCACCCCUGAGGAGGUCUCGGAGGGCAGUAGGGAGACCCCAGCUGCCCGAGACAUCAUGCUGCACCAGACUUCCGGCCGCAUCCACAACAAGAAUGUCUCCACCCACCUCAUUGGCAACAUCCGAAGAAGUGAAGGCCACAGCUCUGAGAAGGGUGGCUCUGGCCUUUUUGCCCUCUGCACCCUGGAUGGGACUCUGAAGCUUAUGGAGGAAGCAGACAAGCUGUUGUGGUCGGUGCAGGUGGAUCACCAGCUUUUCGCCCUAGAGAAACUGGAUGUCACGGGCAAUGGGCAUGAGGAGGUGGUUGCCUGUGCCUGGGAUGGACAGACAUAUAUCAUUGAUCACAACCGCACCGUUGUCCGCUUCCAGGUGGACGAGAACAUCCGGGCCUUCUGUGCAGGCCUCUAUGCCUGCAAGGAGGGCCGCAACAGCCCCUGCCUCGUGUACGUCACAUUCAACCAGAAGAUCUAUGUGUACUGGGAGGUGCAACUUGAGCGGAUGGAGUCGACCAAUUUGUUGAAGCUGCUGGAGGCUGAGCCAGAGUUCCAGAGCCUCCUCCAGGAGCUGGGCGUGGAUCCUGAUGACAGCCCAGCCAUCCGCAACCUGCUUCACCAAACCCUCUAUCAUCCGGACCAGCCACCACAGUGUGCUCCCGCAAGCAUCCAUGAUCCCACCUAGCCAGACUUGCCAUCUUAGCUGAAGAAGGAGCCUCCUGAACUACCCCAGCCCCCAAGGUAUCCAUGGUGCUAGCAGAAUAGGAAGCAAACAUCACAGAGGAGCAUGGAAGGUUGGCAGCAACCCUAGGUUGGCUGUGAAUUGUAGCCUUCAUGGUCUUCUUGGGGAAAGAAGAGGCAAAUUGGCCCUCUGCUCUUUCCUCCUGUACCUGACCCAUCACAUCAACAGGAUCAUAGGACCCCAGCUUCAUCCCACAUCAUCUGGGACUGCCCCCUCCCCAGAACUCCCCACAUCCCUUGUACGGAAAACAGACUUGUUUGUGAGGAGGGAGCACACAUCUUUUGCAUGGCUUCAACACUUGUAAAGAAAGCAGGGUUUGGGGCCAGUGGAGUAAUGAGUUAAGGGUUCUCUGCCAUUCACAGCUCCAUCUUCCAUGGCACAGCUCCAAGUCAUUGGCAUUAGUGGCUGUUACAGGAAUGGCACGCUGUUUUGCUUUUGAGGAGAAUCUUUCAGGACAUUUUACACUCUGGUCUUAACUGUUCCCAGCAACCCUGAGAUGAUUUUCUUCUACUUAUCAAAGAAACUAGGCUAGCACUUUCUCCUUUGGCCAUGUUCUUUAAGUAUCAUGCAUCUUCGUAAGCCUUGCUCCCAUUUCCCCUCAGAACACAUUGUCUCUGAGACAAUAGACAUUUAAAAUCUGAUGCAGAUUUAUGAUCCAGACCACAAUCAGAAUUUUGUCUUGGGCCAGUUUGAUCCCUUCUGUUCUCGAUUCUGUGCACUCUAAGUAUUUUUUUUUUUACAUUACGGGUUGCAAUCCUUUGGUGGGUUGAGGUCAGCAUUUUUUGGAUAAAUGAAAUAGGAUAGAAUAAAAUAGAAUGAAAAAUA